CCUCGAGUCCACGCCCCCCGCACUGUCCGUCUGUCCCAAGUCUCUUAACCACUUCCCACUAAACCACCACCAUCAAGAACACAAAACAACAGGGUCCGUCCGUCAAACCAACGUGAAUUCCGACCCGACACGCCCCCCUUUCUACCAACCCACACAUCUCUUCUCCUCACCCCAACUGAGAUCUCGAUCGAGUACGAGUAGAAAUGGCUUGGAUUUUGGAUUUUGGUAUCUUGGCUCGGCGUGCCGCUCAUGGCCGCCCGUAUCUCCCCACGAUAGCCGCUGCCGCGACGCCAAUGGCUGCCUAAACGAAAGCGACGCCGCCACUAGUUUUCGCUUAAAGAAACAGUGGCCAGGGAGGGAGGGAGAUCAUCGUAGUCGUAGACGAUUCCUCCUCCUUCCCCUGCCACUCUGCCACCCCUGCUCCCUCUUUCAUUUGUUCCCUCCCUGCCUUCACCACAGCCUUGACGAGCCAGUCAGGCCAGCUAGCGACGACGACCGUUCUCCUCGCCCACUCCAGAUCACGGGCCUCCACUCUCCAGGCGACCAGGCAUGAGUGUGCGGGGCGACCCGGCGGCCGCUGCUCCCGGGGAUGAGACGGCGGAGGAGCUGCUGGCGCGCGUCAGGGGGAUGGUGCCGCCGGCGGUCGGCGCGGCGACGGCCGCGGAGGGGUUCCCCGGCCGGUGGAAGGCGAUCGCGGCCAAGCUGGGCACGCUCCCCGCGCGCCUGUCCGACCUGUCCAGCCACCCCUGCUUCGCCCGGAACGCGCUCUGCCGCGAGCUGCUGCACUCCGUGGCCGCCACGCUCGCCGAUGCGGCGGAGCUUGCUUCGCGGUGCCGGGGCCCGCCGAGGGACGGGAAGCUGCAGACGCAGAGCGCCAUCGACGCGCUCGGCGCCCGGCUCGACGUCAACCUCCGGGACUGCGCGCUGCUCGUCCGCACCGGCGUGCUGUCCGACUCCGACGCCUCCGCCGUCACCGCCCCGGCGACGGCGCAGGCGGACGUGCGGGAGCUGCUCGCGCGGCUGCAGAUCGGGCACGCCGAGGCCAAGAGCCGGGCGGUGGACGGGCUCCUCGACGCGCUCAACCGGGACGAGAAGAGCGUGGUGUCGCUGCUCGGCCGCGCCAACGUGUCCGCGCUGGUGCAGCUGCUCACGGCGCCGGCGCCCAAGGCGCGGGAGAAGGCCGCCAUGGUGAUAUGCCGCCUCGCGGAGUCGGGGGGUGGCGCCUGCGAGGGGCUGCUCGUGUCGGAGGGCGCGCUGCCGCCGCUCAUCCGGCUGGCAGAGUCCGGCAGCAGCCUCGUCGGCCGCGAGAAGGCCGUGCUCACGCUGCAGCGCCUCUCGGCGUCCCCCGACGUCGCGCGCGCCAUCGCCGGCCACGGCGGCGUGCGCCCGCUCAUCGAGAUCUGCCAGACGGGGGACUCCGUGUCCCAGUCCGCGGCGGCCGGCGCGCUCAAGAACCUCUCCGCGGCGCCCGAGGCGCGGCAAGCGCUGGCCGACGAAGGGAUCGUCCGCGUCAUGGUCAGCCUGCUGGACUACGGCACCGUGCUGGGCUCCAAGGAGCACGCCGCCGACUGCCUGCAGAACCUCACGUCGGGCGGCGACAGCUUCCGGCGCGCCGUCGCGCACGACGGCGGGCUGCGCAGCCUGCUCCUCUACCUGGACGCGCCGUCGCCGCAGGAGUCCGCGGUGCGCGCGCUCGGGAACAUGGUGGACGCCAUCUCCCCCGACACCAUCGUGUCCCUCGGCGUGCUCCCGCGGCUGGCGCACGCGCUCAGGGCCGGGUCAACCGGCGCGCAGCAGGCGGCGGCCGCGGCGAUCUGCAGGAUCGCGGCCAGCGGCAGCAAGGACAUGAAGCGGCUGGUGGGCGAGCACGGCUGCAUCCCACUACUUGUCCGGAUGCUGGAGGCCAAGUCGGCCGGCGCGCGCGAGGUGGCGGCGCAGGCGGUGGCGAGCCUGGCGGCGGGGCACCCGGGCAACGCGCGGGAGGUGCGGAGGGACGAGAGGAGCGUGCCGAGCCUGGUGCAGCUGCUGGACCCCAGCCCGGCGAACACGGCGAAGAAGUACGCCAUCGCGUGCCUGGCGUCGCUGUCGCCGGCGAAGCGGUGCAAGAAGCUGAUGGUCUCGCACGGCGCCAUCGGGUACCUGAAGAAGCUGUCGGACAUGGAGGUCGCCGGCGCCCGGGACCUGCUGGAGCGGCUGGAGGAGCGCGGCAAGCUCCGAAGCAUCUUCGGCAGCAAGAACUACUCGUAAAAAGUAAUUAAGUUAAGUUGACACCACCGAGCCAAGCUUACGAUCAGUAGUAGUACAAGUACAUGUUACCGUGCCAAGUUGUGUCGUUUUGCUGUAUAGAAAUCGCUAUGUUAGGUGAAUAUACAUUCGUUGUAAGAUAUGUUUUGUGAUGGCCUGAUGCUGGGUAUGUUGGGCAAGUUCUAAUAACCUCGUACACUUUACAGUGCGGCAGCAUGUUAAAUUAAAUGAAUAAAGAUGGUACAUAUUCCAUUCC